AUGAGAUACCCAGACAGGCGAAAUUAUGUUGUGGCAAGGCCACUGUACUCUGAAAACAGUUUCAACCAGGAACAUGAGAAGGUGCACCGCUACCAUACUACAUUCAUUGAUCACUUGGUUGUAUUCUUCAGUUGUACCAAAGAUAAAGCAAAGAGAAUGCUUUUCACAUUCUUGCCUAUUUUGUCUUGGCUGCCUGCAUAUCCUUUUAAAGAAUGGUUACUGAGUGACGUUGUAUCUGGCCUCAGUACUGGACUCAUUGCUGUUCUUCAAGGUCUUGCAUUUGCCCUGUUGGUCUACAUUCCCCCUGGAUAUGGAUUGUAUGCAGCGUUCUUCCCUGUCUUGACGUAUUUUGUCCUUGGUACCUCCAAACAUAUAUCAGUGGGUCCUUUUCCAGUAUUAAGCCUAAUGGUGGGAACAGCUGCACUCAGAUUAGUCCCAAAUGAUGGCUCAGUAGGAUCCCUUGGUAACAAUACUUUCCCUGCUGACCUUUCAGAAGAAGAACAACGAGUUUUGGCAGCUGCGUCAAUAACAGUGCUUGCCGGAAUAUUUCAGUUAGCGCUGGGAAUUUGUCGAGUUGGGUUCCUCGUUAUCUACUUAUCCGACCCUCUUGUAAGUGGUUAUACUACAGCGGCUGCUGUCCAUGUCUUUGUGUCCCAGCUGAAGUUUGUGCUUGGCCUGAAUGUUCCUGGAAUUGGUGGAAUACUAUCAUUGUUUAAAACCCUGGAGAAAAUUUUUACUCAGAUCACCCAAACAAACAUUGCCGACCUUGUUGCAUCCAUCAUCAUCAUGGUUUGCGUAUUUGUAUUUAAGGAAAUCAAUGAUCGUUAUAAGUCAAAGUUACCAGUGCCAAUUCCAAUUGAAGUCAUUAUGACAAUUAUAGCUUGCGGUCUUUCAUAUGCCUUCAGCUUUGAUACAAGAUUCGAUAUGCAGAUUAUUGGAAACAUAACCAAAGGAUUUCAGACUCCAGUGACUCCUUCUCCUGACAUUUUCCAGGAAGUUGUUGCAGAUGCAUUUUCAAUCAGUAUUGUUGCCUUUGCAGUUGCCUAUUCUGUUGCAAAGGUCUACUCAAUGAAACAUGACUACGUCAUCAAUGGCAGCCAGGAGCUAAUAGCAUUUGGUAUAAGUAACAUAUUUUCUGGAUGUUUCCGUGGAUUUGCAUCAAGUACAGCACUCUCAAGGUCAGCUGUGCAAGAGAGUACAGGAGGGAAGACACAGAUCGCUGGUCUGAUUUCAGCUAUGUUGGUCUUGAUUGUUAUUGUUGCUAUCGGAUUUCUUCUCGAACCACUUCCAAAGUCUGUUCUAGGAGCUCUAGUUCUUGUGAAUCUGAAAGGCAUGUUAAUGCAAGUGACUGAAAUUCCUCGGUUGUACAAAAAGGACAGGUUUGACUGUAUGGUGUGGGUCAUGAGCUUUGUUGUGGUGAUUAUUUUAGGACUCGACCUCGGACUGGCUGCUGCUGUUGGAUUUGAACUACUAACAAUUGUAUUUAGAACACAGUUCCCAAGAUGCAGAGUUUUGGGUAACAUCAAGGGAACAGAUAUCUACAGGGACAGAAAGGACUACUUAGAUAUCUAUGAGCCUGAAGGAGUGAAGAUUUUCAGAUGUCAAGCUCCAAUCUUUUUUGCUAAUAUCGACUUCUUUAGGGAAAAGCUGAUAACAGCUGUUGGAUUUAAUCCAAUUCGAAUACUUCGUAAACGUAACAAAGCUUUAAGAAAAAUCAAGAAACUCUGGAAGAAAGGGGAGCUUGAGAUAACCCAAAAAGGGAUGAUCUCCUGUACCAUUUUGAAUAACAUCGACACAGACGAUGAAAUUGACAACCGAAACAUUGAAGAGCUUGACCAGCCCACAGAUACUACAGAGCUGCCUUUUCAGAUUGACUGGAAUGCAGAACUUCCUGCCAAUAUUCGAGUACCCCCGGUUGACUUCCACAGUAUAAUUUUGGAUUUUGCAGCAGUCUCCUUCCUGGACUAUUCUGCAAUGAAAGGAAUAAAAUCAAUUUUGAAAGAAUUCAUUCGGAUUAAUGUGGACAUGUACAUUGUGGACUGUGACAUUGAACUGCUGGAAAAAUUGGAAAGAUGUCAGUUUUUUGAUGAUGAGAUCACAAAUUCUAUCUUCUUCCUCACUGCUCAUGAUGCUGUCCUGAAUAUAUUAGAAAAACACGAUCCAACAAAUCAUCAGUGCAUUCACAUGGCGGAUGGUAUGUCUAUUAUCUCAGCAGUAGAUGCUCCACAUGAAUUGAAAGAGCGUAUGCGAGAGAAAUGGGAUAAUAUCACCAAACAUCAUGAUAAUCCACUUUUGGUUCUGGCAUUUGAGCAACAUAAGAAUGGCAAGAGUCUCAAGAGAAAGCGCUGA